AUGGCCGGCCGGAAGCUGCGCAUCCUCUGUCUACAUGGCUGGCGCACGAGCAACAAGGUACUGCAGGUGCAGAUGGUUGGGCUCCAGCAAGCGCUGGGUGGCAAGGACGGCGUCGAGUUUGUGAGCCUGAACGCGCCGCACCGCGCGUCUGGGCCUGCGCACGCCGAAGUCGAGCUCUUCUUUGGCAAGAACGGACCGUACUACGAGUGGUGGGACCAUGUCGAGACGCCGGCGACCGAGACGACGCCCAAGCGCAGCGACUACGUCGGCCUACCACGGUCGCUGGACUUUCUGCUCGGCCAAGUCGACGCGCUCGGGCCCUUUGACGCGGUCCUGGGCUUCUCGCAGGGCACGGCCAUGACGACGAUCUUGACGGCGCACUACCUCAGCCACGGCACGCCGCCGCCGUACAAGGCUGUCUUGCUCUUCUGCGGCCUCCUCGCGCGCGACGGUAUGCCCGAGGCGCUGCGCUCUGGGAGCUCGUACCACUUGGACAUUCCGUCGAUCCACGUGCUCGGCGAGACGGACGCCAUCUUUUCGUGGUCCAAGAAGCUCGUGGGCGCGUACGAGAGCUCGAGUCGCACGAUGUUUGUCCACCCGGAUGGCCACAAGUUUCCGACGCUGCCCCAGGCCAAGCCCAUGUACAACGAGAUCGCGGCCAAGCUCCGCGAGAUCUGCGGUUAA